AGAGUUUUCUUGUAGAAAAAUGGACCGUUGGGAGGGUAAAGUGGCAAUUGUGACAGGUGCCAGUAUUGGUGUAGGUCCUACAAUAAUGAAAGUUUUGGCCGAGAAAGGCAUGAAGGUAGUAGGCUUGGCUCGUCUCACGCACCGCAUCCAAGAUCUCGGCACCACUCUUACCAACCCAACAGGUCAAAUCCUUGCACUAAAAUGUGACAUAACAAAAGACGACGAUGUUAUCAGAACAUUCAAUUAUAUUUGUGACAAAUUAGGACCAAUUCAAGUCCUUAUUAACAAUGCUGCUUUAAGCCGGUCCACAUCUCUCAUUGAUGGCGAGGCGAAAGAAUGGCGGCGUAUUUUUGACGUUAACGUCAUGGCUCUCUGUAUUUGCACCCGUGAAGCGGUCAAAAUCAUGCGAAAGUGCAAUGUGGCCGGUCACGUGAUCCAUAUGAACUCGAUCGCCGGCCAUAUUGUCCCAAACAUGGCAGAGCCAACUCUGAAUGUAUAUCCGGCUUCGAAAUUCGCCGUUACGGCCCUGACUGAAACUCUGCGACAGGAGUUACGGUUCAAUCGAAGUUUAAUUAAAGUCACUAGUAUAAGUCCGGGCCUGGUUCGAGAUUUGGAAGAAAACGAUUCGAAAAAUUUCGAUAUUCCGACCCUCAAACCAGAAGAUAUCGCCGAUGCGGUUAUAUACGUUUUGUCAACGGGGCCACAUGUCCAAGUACACGAACUGACCAUUCACCCCCUCGGCGAACUAUUUUAAAUUUGGAUUUUCCGCACACAAAUCUUAAACAUGCGACAAAAUCGAUCGUAAAGUUUAUGAAAUAGUCCGUGAUAAUAAAAGUCUGUUCCAAAUUAUUUUAUUUAGAUCCCAAA